UCACGAGGGUGGACGAGUGAUACUCCUAUUGGAGGUUGAAUUUCAAGUCAAAACGGAGGAUAUUUUGUAAUUUACCUAAAGCAGUUGAUCUUCUUCAACCAUCUUCUUCUGCGUUAGUCAUAAAAAAACAAACUCUUCUGGCUUCACGCAUUGCUUAUAGUUUACGUGUGCUCCACACGAAGAGAUCUCUCUCACACACACACUCUCUUUUCAAUUUCCAAAUUGUGGAACAUUUUUUUUUAUUGGAGAGAGAGGAAGAAAGGUUUUUAAGCCUCCAAGUGGAACUUGUUGUAUUUUGGGUUUCUGGUUUUCCUUUAAAAAGGAAGGAAAUUUCUCUUUCAUUUUAACGUUUUCUGCAGUGAAGAUGAUUCCAAGAGGUGUCGUUUGAGGUGGGAGCAAGAGGGUGGUUAGGAUUUAAGUGUUUCAGCUGUGAUUGCUAGUGAAUCAGUGUCUGACUUGCAAACAGAGAAGAGCGAAAAUAUGCGGAAAUCCUUUAAGCACUCCCUUAAGGCUCUCGAAGCUGAUAUUCAGUUCGCCAAUACCAUGGCUACUGAUUAUCCUAGAGAAUAUGAUGGUGCCUGCCUUCAGAUGAGAUUAUCUUAUGGUCCAGCUGCUCAUUUUUUUCUUUACCUUGUUCGGUGGACUGGUUGCCACCUUGCUGGUGCCCUGGGAUUGCUCAGAAUUCUUAUCUACAAGGUGUAUGAUGAUGGAAAGACCACAAUGUCAAUCCAUGAAAGAAAAGCUAGUUUGAAGCAAUUCUAUGGCGUGAUAUUUCCCUCAUUAUUGCAACUUCAAAGGGGAAUCACUGAUGUGGAAGAGAGGAAACAGAGAGAAGUUUGUGCUACAAAGUACAAGAAAAUAUAUGACAUGGAUAGGGGAAAGCUCUCUGAAAUUGAUUUAGAGAUGGAAGAAGAAUGUGGUAUUUGCAUGGAGAACAACAGCAAGAUCGUGUUGCCUAAUUGCAGCCAUUCGAUGUGUGCAAAAUGCUACCGGAUUUGGUGAGUUGUUAAUUGGUUUGAUGUGCUUAGUUUACAACUAUAUCCAAGCAAUCAUAAAAAUAUGGCAUUGACUUAUGUUUAUAUGAACGUCAUAAUUCUCGCUUCUCCAAAGGUUAACCCAAAACAAAAUUACUUAUCCAGUUCUUUUCAAGCAGUUCACCUGCAAUAAUCUGUUGGAGACUAAUCCUGCUAGUCACCUUUAUCAUCGAUCUUUUUUGCCUCCUGAUUUAUUGGAAGGGCCUUGUGUGGUAAAGAGAAGAUAUAUCUUUCUAAACUAAUGUCUUUACAUCUGCAACUGGUUCAGUUUCACAUCACUAUGCUUUUAGAUAUUUCUUCUUGAUCAUGCCAGGUCACUAUGCUUUUAGAUAUUUUUUUUUAGGGCUAGUUGCUUUUGUGACACACUGGGGAAAUUUUGAGGUGGCUCUUCAUUUAUGUGUCUAGAUAUUUGACAUUGGGGAUAAUGUUAUGUGUGUCGUAUGGUUUUUGUAGGCGUGCGCGGUCUCAGUCAUGCCCCUUCUGUAGAGAUAGUCUCAAGAAAAUUAGUUCAAGAGACCUUUGGACAUAUAUCAGCAACAACGAUGUUGUCGAUUUGUCCACAAUCUCAAGCGAGAAUUUGAAGAGGUUCUUCAUGUACAUCGACAAGUUGCCUGUCAUUGUUCCUGAUCCAAAUAUCAUUUCCUAUGAUCCACGACGACGAUGAUCAAAACUUCGAUUUGGCUCCUAAAAUAUGUAGAGUACAGAAGACAGGGUUGAUUGUAUAUAAUUCAUUCAUGUUUGUCUCCUUAAUGGUUCCAAAUUUAGAAGAUGUAAAUAAAUCAUUAGUUCUUUU